AUGAAGUUCUUCAUCCCCCUCGCCAUGCUGGCCGCUUCCGUCGCCGCUCAGACAUCAACUGCUUCGUCUGAUGAUGGCUGCCUUGCUGAGAACAUAGUCAAGAGCUGUUUGACCUCGGAGACUGCCAAGGCCGACGCCUGUAAAUCAUCCGAUUUUGAAUGUCUAUGCCGUGCUUACGAGGCCAUAGCAACCUGCUACAACAACUGCCCCGACGACCCCCGCGCCGCAUCGACAAAGAACCAGGUCACCCAGUACUGCUCCCGCGUCACCACGACGACGCCCACAUCCACUGGGGCGGGCAAGACGACGUCGACGGCCGAGGUCUCCUCUUCCUCGACCGACGACGCCGCCACCGAGAUCUUCUCCUCCGCCGGCGCCGAGCCCACGACAAACUUUGCCGCCGAGCUGGCAGCUAAUGCUCCCGGCAUGUUGGUCGGUGUUGCCGGCGUCGUAGCUGCUCUCCUGUGA